AGAAAACGCUCACCAGAUCUGAGCAGGAGGGCCCGUGUAAACCAGAGACUCGUCAACGAUGCUCCGCAGCCACUCUGGCUUAAGGACCUCGGGGCCAAGCGCGCCUCCGUUUGCAGAUGCCUGCUGCAGCCCCGCGAGCGGGGCCCACUCGGCGUGGCCGCUCGCCGCCGCAUGCGGCGGCGACCUGUGGAGCAGCGAGGUGUCCCGCAGCAGCUUCGCGACACAAUUUGCUCGAGCACGUCUUCAAGCUUGUGCCCUGCACGGGCCUCCGGGGUGUCUCGGCAUGCUGAGGCAGGAGGCGUUCGACAUCUUCUGCGUGGUUCUCUCUCGCAGAGGUGCCAGGGUAACGCUCCUUGACUACGCCUACCUCCUGGAGGCCUUCGCCGGGACCGUGCCCGGAGAGGGCGCCGUCCUCCUUCCAGCAGAUCGCCGAGGUACUCCAGCUGGGCCUCUGCAAGCACGUCCUCUGCACGGCAGCGCAGCCCACGGCACUGCUCCUCUGCGAGUGCUGCCUCCAAUGGUGCGGCGUAGAUUUUAGCAGCCAGUGCAGCGACCAGAGGCUGGAGAACUACAAGUUUUAGCGCCCUGAGCCUGUCCACGGGCAGAAUCGCGAUGCGGGCGACGACCCGGGCCAAAUGUGAGGCUCUCUCCGUAGCGGACGAGGUGCAACGUUUGCGAACGCAUUUGGCGGCCCGGCUGCACGUCGCUGCGUCGAUCAGGCCAUGACGUUGCACAUGGGGUGUCGCAGAUUGCGAGCUGGUGUGCGGCCAAUGCUUUGUUUCCAGGCCCCUCGCUCCUUUCCAGAGGGCCUCACACCUCACCGACCAAGCUAGGUAGUGGUAGUGAAUGAACGCGUUCUUUGCAAUGUUUUGGUU